AUGGAUGAAAAGAGGGUCAAAGACUCUUUAGAUUUAGAGAUAGUAGAAGACUCUAUGGAUGUUGAGAGAGUUGAAGACUCUUUCGAUUUAAAAGACUUUGUGGAUGUUAAGAGAGUUGAAGACUCUUUAGAUUUAAAGAGAGUUGAAGACUCCAUAGAUGCGGAGAGGGUUGAAAAUUCUUUAGAUUUAGAGAGAGUUGAUGACUCUUUAGAUUUAAAUAUAGUUGAAGACAUGGAUGCUGAAAGAAACCUGCUCCAAGACACAGCAGACACUUGUGCAUACAGGAUGCUGCUGCUGCUGCAGAAAGGCUUUGCCCAGCCCUACAACUAUUGCUCUAAAUUCCAGCUUGGCUCUAACAAGAGGGGUCAUUCCCAUUGGUGGAGGGAUAUUAGAAAGCUAUAUCAUCAGUCGGAUCCUAAUAUUUUCAAUCAGCAUUUGACCUGGAAGGUUGGGAGUGGGGAAAGAAUCAAAUUUUGGACAGAUAAGUGGCUAGGGACAGACUACACUCUUGAGCAGAAAUAUAAUCAACUUUCUCGGAUUAGUAGACAGCAAAGUUCCCUCAUCUCUAGCAUGGGUAACUUUAAUAAUGAUAGCUGGGAGUGGGAUCUCACGUGGAGGAGGAAUCUAUUUGAUCAUGAAAAUGAUAUAGUUGUGCAGUUUAUGGAGGAAAUAAGCUUCAUUCCUAUCCAGAGGCAUAGUAAGGAUUCUAUGGUGUGGCUAGCUGAACACCACGGGCAUUACACUACUAAAUCAGCUUACAAGUUCACCCAAAGUGCCACUUUACUCAAUUCUGUGAAGGCUUUGGGAACCCUUACCACUGGUACUUCUAAUUAUCAAAGAGAGGGGCUGACUGCCCCUUUCUCUAAUUCAGAAAUCAGAGAUGCUAUUUGGAGUUGUGAUGGCGAUAAAUGUCCGGGCCCAGAUGGGUUUAAUUUUAGAUUUAUCAAGGAGUUUUGGGGGCUGCUCAAACCUGAUUUUCGAAGAUUUGUGGAUGAAUUCCAUGCUCAUGGAAGCUUUCCAAGAGGCAGCAAUGCAUCUUUUGUGGCUCUUAUUCCUAAGAUAUCUCAACCCCAGUCUCUAAAUGAUUAUAGGCCCAUCUCUCUCAUUGGCUGCAUGUAUAAAGUAAUAGCAAAACUCUUGGCAAAUAGGUUGAGGAUUCUGCUGGAUGAGUUAAUUGAUGAAAGGCAGACAACGUUCAUAAAAAAUAGGCACAUUCUCCAUGGAAUUCUGAUUCUCAAUGAAGUGGUGGAUGAAGCUGUUCACAGAAAGAAGCCUGCUAUGAUUUUCAAAGUGGAUUUCGAAAAAGCUUAUGAUUCAGUAUCAUGGUCUUUCUUGGACUAUAUGAUGACAAGGCUAGGAUUCUGUCCUAUAUGGAGGAAGUGGAUUUCUGCUUGCCUUCAAUCAGCCACUAUCUCAAUUCUAGUAAAUGGGAGCCCUACAAAGGAACUAGUCCCAUCUAGAGGAUUGAGACAAGGAGACCCUUUGGCUCCUAUGCUAUUUAAUAUAGUGGCUGAGGGCCUUACUGGCAUGAUGAGGGAGGCUUUGAAUAAAAACCUCUAUAGAAGUUUCUUGGUUGGGAAGCAAAGCGUCCCUAUAAAUAUAUUGCAAUAUGCUGAUGACACAGUUUUUGUUGGAGAGGCUUCUUGGGAUAAUAUUAUUGUGCUGAAGUCCAUGCUUAGGGGAUUUGAAAUGGUCUCAGGUCUGAGGAUUAACUAUGCAAAAAGCCAAUUUGGGGUUGUUGGUUUUCAGCCCAAUUGGGCUCAUGAUGCAACCCAACUUCUGAACUGUAGGCAGCUGGACAUUCCUUUUCACUACUUGGGAAUGCCUAUUGCUGUAAAAGCUUCCAGCAGGAUGGUUUGGGAGCCUUUGAUUAACAAGUUUAAAGCUAAGCUCUCCAAGUGGAAUCAGAAGUACUUAUCUAUGGGUGGCAAGGUCACCUUGAUAAAAUCUGUCCUCAAUGCGCUUCCCAUUUAUCUCCUAUCUUUCUUCAAGAUUCCUCAAAGAAUAGUAGAUAAACUGGUGUCUCUUCAAAGAACAUUUAUGUGGGGGGGAAAUCAACACCAUAAUAGAAUCUCUUGGGUCAAAUGGGCUGAUAUAUGCACUCCAAAAAUUGAUGGGGGAUUGGGGAUCAAAGACUUGUCCAAAUUUAAUACAGCUUUGAGAGGUAGAUGGAUAUGGGACCUAGUCUCCAAGCAUAAGCAGCUGUGGGCCAGAAUUCUAACUUCUAAAUAUGGAGGAUUGAUAGAUUUGCAGAAUGGUAGAGAUAAAGGAUGGCACUCCCAAUGGUGGAAAGACCUUAGAAAGCUUUAUCAUCAGCCUGAAUUUCAAAUUAUUCACCAGAAUAUGACCUGGAAGGUUGGUUGUGGGGAUAAGGUCAGAUUCUGGCAAGAUUCUUGGCUGGGACAGGGAGGCAGCCUUCAGCAGAAGUACAAUCAAUUAUUUGUGAUUAGCAGACAGCAAAACCUUCCCAUCUCUAAAAUGGGAAAGUUUUAUCAGAAUACUUGGAAUUGGGAUUUUAAAUGGAGAAGGAACCUCUUUGAUCACGAGAAUGAGCAAGCAAUAGCCUUCAUGGAUGAUAUAUCUGCUAUAUCUAUUCAUCAGCAGCUGCAGGACUCAAUGUUGUGGAAAGCAGACCCUAUUGGGAUCUACUCUACUAAGUCAGCAUAUAGGCUCUUGCUACCUACCAACAGACCUGGUCAGCACAGCAGGAACUUCAAGAUUCUAUGGAAGCUUAAAAUUCCCCCAAGGGCUGAGUUGUUCUCAUGGAGGUUGUUUAGAGAUAGGCUCCCUACCAGGGCUAAUUUGCUUAGGAGACAUGUGGCUCUACAGGAUAUUAUGUGUCCUCUAAGUGGAAAUCACCAGGAGGAGGCUGGGCACCUUUUCUUCCAUUGCAGAAUGACUGUAGGGUUGUGGUGGGAAUCCAUGAACUGGACCCGGACUUUGGGAGCUUUCUUAGAUGAUCCUGCUGCUCAUUUUAUCCAAUUCAGUGAUGGGUUUGGGGCAUAG